UAGGGCCCACAGAAAGCAGAUACAGGUAAUAGGUCCAUUUAACCUAACGGGGUUUACCAGCGGGUCCAAUUUGCUUAUUGCGAGUGGUUUUCUCCGGUCAAACCCGCCGUCGACCUCUCAACAUUGUUUUUAUUUACAUUUAUAUUUAUACGUAUAUAUUUAAGUUCGGCAGGAAGUGCCGGAAGCAGAAAGGCGAGGAAAGAGAAUGAUAGUAGGCCGGGGGCCAGGCCACGCAACGGACGAACACCAGCUGUAGCAAAUCGAACUUUCAUCAAUUAUCCUCCCUCUUUUCCUCUGCCUCUGCAAUUCUCCUUAGUUUAUGUAAUAUUGGGCUCCUCAUACUGCUAGGAGAUAAAGAGGGAGAGAAACUCAAAUUGAGUUAGAGAUGAUAACGCGAUCGAAUCUGGCAGAGCAGUUGAGAGAGUAUCAGAUUCGAUCCAAGCAUGACUGGGCCUCUGUUUCCUUCUUCUCUUCUACUUCUAAUCUAACUUCAUCAAGGAUGGAUGUUCUGGUAUUUAUGAUAUGGGAACUCAUUAUUCUAGCUUUCCUUGUUUUUUCAGCAGUUUCUCUAUAUUUUAGGCGUAUGCGACUUGCUUUUAUCUUAGUCUGUGUUACAAUGCUGUUGCUCUUAUGCAUGAAAAUCACAAAACAAGUAAGAUUGGCGAGGAAAAAGAAACGAAGGAUGCUUCUACCGUUAUCCAUGUAAAUCAUGUUCUGAAAGUGACACAACAUUGUUGUGGAAAUUGUGAGAAUUCUUGACCAUUGCGUGGGGCCAUUCUCUCUUGUUUGUUGGAAUAUGUAAGUACACUUGCAUCCGGUUGAUUAAGGGAGAAAAGUAUUAUUUGAGGUGAUCACUUUGCUAAAUGCUUAAUGAAGUGGAGAAUUCCAAAUAUUCAAGGGGAGAAAACUGAGAUUUCUUCAUUCAAUGGGUGUAAUGCUUAUUGCACUGGGGUUUAGUAGGUCCAGGCGUUUAAGAUAUAGUUUCUAUGUAACAGGACAUUGGCUUCAAUGAGCCAUGUCCAAAGUACUAUUUGAAGAGAAAAUGAUGAGGUGAUUGUUUUUUUCCGGAUGAUGUAGCAUGUAACAGUUUUCAGUUUGGUUGACGUGCAUUGCUGAGGUAAAGAAAAGGGAACUUGACUGA